AUGCUUGUGGAUGAUGUUGGCGACGUGUGUGUUACAAAUGACGGAGCCACAAUACUGAAAAGCUUAGACGUUGAGCACCCCGCCGCCCGCCUGCUCGUGGAUCUCGCGCAGUUGCAGGACAAAGAGGUCGGUGACGGUACCACUUCUGUUGUUAUCCUCGCCGCCGAGUUGCUUAAGCGGGCUCAGGACCUCAUUGUUCAGGGUAUCCACGCCACCAGCAUUAUUGCAGGUUAUAAGUUGGCUCUUCGUGAGGCCUUGCGGUACUUGAAGGAUAGCUUAAGUGUCUCUGUGAAUGCGCUUGGCAAGGAAGUGCUGCUGAACAUCGCCCGCACAUCCAUGAGCAGUAAGAUCCUCAGCGCCGAUGCCGAGCUCUUCGCGAAAAUUGUGGUGGAUGCUAUUCAGUCCGUGAAGACUGUGAAUGACUUGGGGGAUGUUGUGUACCCGCGGAAGGCUGUGAGCAUCUUGCUUCAGCACGGCAAGAGUUCGCGUGAAUCGAUGCUCCUGCAAGGCUUCGCGUUGGGUCUCUCCCGCGCCGCACAAGGGAUGCCGACAUCGGUUCAGAAUGCCAAGAUUGCACUCAUUGACUUCGACUUACGCGCUGUGAAGAUGAAGUUAAGUAUGAAUAUCACCAUUACAGACCCCACGAAGGCUGAGGCCAUCCGUCAGCGGGAGCUCGACAUCACGAAGGAGCGCAUAAAGAAGAUGAUCGCCGCCGGUGCAAACGUCAUUCUUACCUCGUGGGGUAUUGAAGACAGCAUGAUGAAGUACAUGGUGGAUGAAGGUAUUCUCGGUGUGCGUCGUGUUAAGAAGGAGGAUAUGCGCCGCAUUGCAAAGGCUACCGGUGCGCAGAUCGUGCACACGAUGUCCGACCUCGAAGGUGAGGAAGUAUUCGAAUCCAAGUGGCUCGGCCAAGCGGACCGCGUAUAUGAGGAACGCUUCGGUGAGGAUGAUGUUAUCAUCAUCUCCGGUACGAGCAACUCCGUUUGCGCAACCAUAGUAUGCCGUGGUGCAAACUACUUUGUCCUUGAAGAGAUGGAGCGCGCUUUGAAUGACGCCCUUUGGGCAGUUGCCCGGACUCUAGAGGCGAGUCUGGUGGUGGCUGGCGGUGGGGCGGUAGAGGCGGCGCUGUCUGUCUAUCUGGAGAACUUUGCCUUUACACUCGGCUCAAGGGAACAACUGGCAGUAGCAGCCUUUGCAGAGGCGCUGUUGGUUAUUCCCAAGACAUUAGCCCUCAACGCUGCAAUGGACGCUACAGAGUUGGUGUCACGGCUGCGUGUCAUUCACAAUGAGGCUCAGAGGGAGGGGGCGAAAGGUGGCAAUGCGGGGAGCGCUUCCCGCUUCUGCGGUCUUGACCUCGUUGAAGGGACGGCUCGCAAUAACGUCGAGGCCGGCGUGCUCGAGCCACAACCCAGCAAAGUGAAGUCAUUGCAGUUCGCCACGGAGGCAGCCAUCACCAUCAUUCGCAUUGAUGACUGUGUUCGCCUUAACCCUGAGGAAGAGGAGGAGGGACGCCGUUAA